UGUAAGUGUGUGUGUGUCUUCCUUUUGUACUCUGCAUUAAACACCGGCUCUCAGUGUAUAACCACACACACACACACACACACACACACACACACACAGUAUGGAUGGAGGAUCAAGUUGGUUUACUUUGAGGUGAAGGACAAAAACGGAGACAGCUGCCAGUAGAGCAUGGGUACGACUGCCAGCGCCGCCCCUCCACCAGCACCUGAGCGUUUCCAUAGCGACAUUGUGAUGGACAGCAGGCAGCCACUAAGCCCGGCCCCUUUUAUCCACAAGAGCCGAGCCAAAUCCAUCAUCACCAAUAAAGUGGCUCCGGUCGUUAUCACCCUUAAUUGCAAACAAGAGUUUCAGAUCCAUGAUGAUGUCAUCAAGACGAAUUACACGGUGGGACGCAUAUCUGAUAACAUGCCUGAACACUUCCUAGUGCAGGGCUCCUACUUCCUGGUGCAGGACGUGUUCAGUAAAGCCGACGUCCUCCACACCACCGCCUCGUGCGGAGCGCCAAACUUCCGGCAGGUGGGGGGGGGUUACCCCGUGUUCGGGAUGGGGCAGCCCAGCCUGGGUGGUUUCAAACAGGUCCUGUCCACGCUGCAGCAACGAGGGCACGAGGAGGUGAUAAUGUUCUGUGUGAGGGAGGAGCCUGUGCUGUUCCUGCGGCUACAGGAGGAUUUUGUUCCGUACACACCGAGGAGGAAAGAGAACCUACACGAGAACCUGCAGGGCCUGAGCAAGAACACUUCUGUGGAGAACCUGGAGAUCAGCAUCAGGAAAGAGCUGCAUGACUUCGCCCGUCUGAGUGAGAACAUCGUCUACGUCUACAACGACAUCGAGCAUUUUAAAGACGAGCCUCGGAGGAUCAGCAUCAGCUGUGAGGAGGACGUUCACCUCACUGAGGAGGUCUACAGGAGGCCUGUGUUCACCAUGCAGUCAUACAGGUAUCACCGGCUGCCUCUGCCAGUAGAGGGCGCUCCACUGGAGGAGAACUUUGACGCCUUUGUGAACGCGUUAAGGGAGGUGCCAUCCCUGUGUGUGAAGGGGGGCGGAGCCUGUUCUCCACCUGCCCUGCUCUUCAGCUGUCAGGUCGGUGUGGGUCGUACCAACGUGGCGAUGAUCCUGGGGUCUCUGGUGAUGCAGAGAGUGAUGGGAGAUACACACCUUCCUCCGUCUACACACACCGCUGAUGAGGAAGAGUCGAGUGCUGAGGUGAAGGUUCACUUCCGGGUCAUUGAGACGCUCGUCAGUAAACUGCCUAAUGGUCAACAGGUUGUAGAUGAGGUGGAUCAGGUCGUUGCUCUUUGCUCUGAGAUGCACAACAUCAAAGACGCCAUUAACGAGAACAAGACGAAGCUGGAGGCCAUCGCAGAGGAUUACCAAACCCAGGGAAACUGUACCAAGCUGUACUUCCUCCAGAGGCUGGUUCAGAGUUUGGAACUUUACUUCUACCUAAUCCUCUUUAACGCUUACCUGCAUGAACAGCAUCCGCUCGCUUUCUCUCGGAGUUUCAGCCAGUGGCUGUGUGCUAAUGCCUGGGUGUACCGCCUCCUGUCCAAUCUCAACCAAUCAGAGCUCAGAGCACCUGCUGACCUCAUCACUAAAGGAGCUAGGGUCCUGGUAGCUGAUCAGUUCCUGGCACCAGAUGUUCUCCUCACGCUAAAGGAAAUGAAGGUGGCGAACUUCAGACGAGUUUCCAAAAUGCCCAUAUACGGGAUGGCCCAGCCCACAGCCGAGGCAGCGGGCGUGGUCCUGUCCUACCUGGCGGAUGAGAGGAGGAAGUACUCUGCGGUCCUGUGGGUGUGUGUGCAGGAUGAGGAGGUGCUGGAGUGUAACGGUCAGAUCUUCUACCCCCGAGAGCCCACGUGUCCCGAGCAGAACAUCUCACUGUACGGAGCUUCGGCUCAGGAGAUCGAGGAGCUGGAGAGCUCCCUGAAGGAGGAGGUGUUAGGUUCUGAGAAGUGGUUGGAGGUGACUCUGGAGCAGGAGAAGCAGAUGAAGAUGUUUAAGAGCUGCAGGACGCUGCAGGAGAUUUUCAGCACACAUAAACAGACUCACCAGGGCCUGCAGUACACACGCAUCCCUCUGCCUGAGUGUGCAGCACCUAGAGAGGAGGACUUUGACAGACUGCUGGAUGCGAUGAAGAGUGUGUUAGCUGAAGAUUCCCGAGCUGCGUUUGUGUUUAAUUGCUCAAACGGCCGCAGCAGGAGCACCACCGCCAUGACCAUCGCCACGCUCACACUCUGGCACUUUAACGGGUUCCCUGAAUUUGGAGAGGAGGAGAUUGUCAGUGUUCCUGAUGCUAAAUACACCAAGGGGGAGUUUGAUGUGGUGAUGCGUUUGGUUAGACUCCUUCCCGAUGGCCACAGGAUGAAGAGAGAGGUCGAUAUUGCGCUGGAUUCCGUGAGUGAGACGAUGACGCCUAUGCACCAUCACCUGCGGGAGAUCAUCAUCUGCACGUACAGACAGAUGAAGAGCUGUAAGAAUGAACAGGAGCGUGGAUCUCUGAUGAUGAAGAGUGUGCAGUACAUGGAGCGCUACAUUUACCUCAUUCUCUUCAACACCUACCUGCACCUGGAGAAGAAGAACUCCCUCCAGCGCUCCUUUUCCACCUGGAUGCACCAGGUGGCGGCCCGAGCAGGGGUAUAUGACCUCCUGAACCAGCUGACCUUCUCAGAGUUUGAGAACCUAAAAGACUCAACGUUCUCUCGUCUUCGGUUCCGCUGGAGAGAACAGACCAACCAGAACCUUCCGUACCGGGGGCAGUUCAUCUGAGAGGUGGAGGUGGAGAGGGGGCAGGAGGGCAGCGGGGGGGGGGAGGGGCUCUAACUGGUGAAGAAAAGAGAGAGAGAGAAAGGAGAAAUCUGGAGAAGAUCGUUUUAUUGGCACUGUGCUUUGGGAAAUGAUUUUAUUUGUAUUUUUAUUUUGUUAUUUUAGUGAUUAUCGGAUUUGUUAAUGCGUUAGAUUUUAGUUCUGUUCCUUUAACACGCAGUGCUGCUGUUUAAUCCAUCGUUAAUUUAUUCCCUGUCAUGUCUAAUAUUAAUGAUGUGUUGGGCGAGGACACGCCUCCUGUCCGGGUUUAAACCUGCUAAAACAUAAACACGAGUCUGAUGGUGAGGAUACAGUGGAGCUGAGGAACCCUGGGGCAGAAAGGGGUGGAGCUUCACCUAGUAACUUCAACAGGCUAGGUAAUUGAACUUUGCUAGCUGAAGUUUUAUCAGAUGAUGUUUCUCUCUCGACGUUCACACUAGCAAGUGACGAGGUUCAUCUCUCAUGGUGUGUGUUUGUCUAGCAUUUUCCCUUUUAGCAAAAAACUAUAGUAGCUUCAUGCAGAACUUCUAACACUGUUCCAUACGAAGACAACUACGUUGUGUGUUCACUCCAUUUGUGCGUGUUUAAUGAUGAAUGGGAACUCGGUGCAGGAGGUCAUGGAGGUGGAACUGAAAUGAAUAAACCACCACUUCAGACCGCUAAUGUCCUCGUCUGAGUCCCCUUGUCCAAGUCCCCUUGGACAUUUAAUUUAGUGUGUAAGAUCUGCACACGAGUGUGAACUUGUACCUAUUGUUGCACCUAUGUUUCUCUCACCUCUCAUAGUUAUUUAAAGCCAAUACAGUACGAGAACGUGCUGAGGAGACCUGGCCAAGUGUUUCAUAAAGUCUACAAAGAUCUCAUGAAAACUAUAUAAGACCUAAUAUUAAGCUAAAGACAUUCCCAGCCGAUAACAGAAUUAUGUUAUUUUUCAUAAAAGUCAAAGUUUCUGUAUUAGGUUUUGGUUAGAUUUUUUUUACAUUUUAGAGUUUAGUGUUAAUCCAAGCUUUAGCCCACCACUCGGGUACUACCUUACAUUUUAAAUAAUAGUCUUUACAUUUGACUGUUAUUAAUGUUAUUGUUAAUGUUAACAUUGGAGAGCAGAUUUUUAAUGAUGCCACUUUUGCAUAUGUUUUGUAAAGGAUCUUUUUGCACACAGCAUUAAACAUUUUAAACACA